AUGGCCGUUCAUGAUGGGAUGGGCCAUGGCUCGUCCACCCAAGGCAUGGAUAAUGCCUGGAGCAACAAGAAUGGGAACGACACCUUGGAGGGUGGAAACCCAGAGAUGGAUGCAUCUCCCUCCCUACCAUACUCUGAAGACUCAGCCGUUGCCGUAACGGGAAUGGCAUGCAAGUUUGCUGGAGCUGAGUCUCUGGAGCAACUAUGGCAAAUUCUCGAAACUGGGACAACACUAUAUCGUGAUCUCCCCAAGGACCGUUUCCCAGAUGCCCGUUUCGCACGUCGAUCAUAUGAAAGGCCGUUCAAGGCCAACACGAUUGACGAUGUAGAUGCUUUCGAUCACAAGUUCUUCAAGGUUGCCAGUCGCGAAGCCACUUUCAUGGAUCCUCAGCAGAGACUGGGGCUCCAGGUCACAUACCAGGCUCUAGAGUCAGCAGGCUAUUUCAGCCGUGACACCUACACAACGGGGACAGAGCGGGACAUUGGCUGCUACUUUGCCACAUGCACAAAUGAGUAUGCUGAGAAUGUGGCGACCCAUCCACCCUCAGCAUUCUCACUUACCGGGUCAAUCCGGCCGUUUAUCGCAGGCAAGAUCAGCCAUCACUUCGGUUGGACUGGCCCUGCCAUCAUGUAUGACACAGCAUGUGCAGCGUCAGGUACAGCUAUCCAUCAAGCCUGCCAAGCCGUUGCAACUGGAGACUGCAACGCUGCCAUUGCAGGGGCCACGAACAUCUUUGUCAGCCCUGAUACCUUCCAGAACCUUGCCAGUGGCCAGUUCACAAGUCCGACAGGGGCAUCGAAAUCCUUUGAUGCUGCAGCUGAUGGAUAUUGUCGAGGAGAGGGUGUGGCAGUUGUCGUGCUGAAGAAGCUCUCUGCCGCUAUUCGAGAUGGUGAUCCUAUCAUGGGAGUUAUCGCUGCUACCGGCGUUAACCAGAAUGCAAACGAACACUCCAUCACGGUACCCCAUGGGCCUACUCAGAUGAAUCUGUACCGAAAGGUUCUACGGCGUGCUGGUAUGCAUGCCGAUGACAUUUCGUACGUCGAGGCUCACGGAACUGGCACCGCCCUUGGAGAUCCAAUUGAGUCUCGAAGCAUACGAGGCGUCUUUGGCAACCAUUCUCGCCCACACGGUGAUAAAACUUACUUAGGUUCACUAAAGAGUAACAUUGGACAUACAGAGGCUACUUCUGGAUUAUCUGGACUUAUCAAGGUUAUUUUAAUGAUGCAAAAGGGAAUGAUUCCGCCACAAGCAUUGUUAAAGAACCUUAACCCAGCAAUUGGACCCAUGGAACCCAGUGGAAUGGCCAUUGCUACGAGCAAGGUUCCAUGGAACGCUCAAUUCAAAGCUGCGUGCAUCAAUAAUUACGGCGCCUCGGGAACCAAUGCAGCAAUGAUCGUUGCUCAGCCGCCAAACAUCAAGAGCCGAUCUUCGUCCACAUCGGUAGCGACCUAUCCCGUAUCAAUUACGGCUUUCAGCCCUUCCAGCAUGUCAGCAUAUUGCUCCGAGUUGCUGAGUUUCAUAAGCCAAUCAGACUCAGCCAGCGAUGACUUGGCAUUGGGCAUUGCUUACCACUUAUGGCGCCGCAGGAACCCCAGUUUGCCAUUCACUGCAUGCGCAACGGUUUCCUCGCUCCAAGAGCUCAAGGAUUUUCUCUCGUCAACAAUAUCUAGGGAGCCUCUAAAGAAUGAAAUCGAACAGCAGCCAGUUGUAUUGUACUUUGGCGGGCAAACUGGCAAGAUGGCUACCGUUCCUCGGUCCUUUUAUGACUCUUCUGCCAUCUUCCGCAAGCGUCUGGAUGAUUGCGAUGCUACGCUGCGUGCACUUGGAUCUCCAAGUAUCUUCCCGGACAUUUUUGAGCCUGGUCCACAUGAAGAUGUUGUCCUCCUCCACUCUAUCUUAUUCAGUGCGCACUUUGGCCAACUCACAGCACUCUGUGUAUCAGGAGUAUUAUCGCUUCAUGACGGCUUGCAACUGAUCACUGGACGUGCUAGGUUGAUUCAGGAGCAUUGGGGAAAUGACUCUGGCUCAAUGAUUGCAAUCGAAGCGGACCUGGGCACAGUAAAGAGUCUUCUAGCGCAGCAUGCGCAUCUCGGACUCGAUAUUGCUUGUUAUAACGGGCCACAAAGUUUUGUUAUCGCAGGUAGUACUUCUUCAGUGGACGCUCUAGAAGCCUUCCUGAAGUCUGCACCGCAGCCAUUCCAAGCGAAACGAUUGCGAGUCACAAAUGCCUUCCACUCUUCCUUGACAGAGCCCCUGCUCCAACCUCUACAAGAUAUUACCGAACAAUUAAACUUCCAGUCUCCAAAGAUUCCCCUAGAGACUUGCUCCGAGCUUGGCACUUGGGAGACUGCCACUCCGGCUCUCGUCACGUCACACAUGAGGGAUCCAGUAUACUUCCACCAGGCAGUAGAGAGGAUUGCAGAACAACUUGGGCCCUGUACAUGGCUUGAGGCUGGUUCAGGCUUCGGCGCAGCCAUGGUACGGCGAGCUCUCGGAACACAAGCAUCUGCAAACAACAUCAAGUCUAUGAGUCUGGAGUCUGCGUCGUCCAUAGAGCCUCUAGCUGAAAUGACAGCGCAGCUUUGGGAACUCGCUCGUUUCUGGCUUGAAUGGAAAGACUUGGCCCCUCCAGCGGUCGAGGUUCCAGUUCCAGUCUCAGAGCCAGCAUCACUCCUACAGUUACUGCAAAAGACCAGUGAUGGAGGCGAAUUUCGCAUCAAUACUCGUUGCGAGAGUUGGCAAACCAUCUGCUCCGAGAACUACAUUCUCGAUGUUCAAAUCUGCUCCAUUGCUUCGAUAAUGAACCUGGUUUCCAAAGCUAUUGACACAAUCCAAAAUUCUCCCGCCCAAAAGAACAAUGUUUACAAUGUGGAAUAUUUAGCACAGCAGAGUCCGAUACCAGCCAAGUCAGAGGAUAAUCUCAAUCUGACAGUCACCAGGGUCAAGCAUUCGCAGUCUUGGAACUUUAUCAUCACUAGCACCGCCAAUUCCAGCCAAACUUACGUUUCCGGAAUUGUCUCCGCUCCUUCAGUCAGCAGCGAGAGAGUCAAGGCGGAUUUUGCUCGCUUCCGAAGACUCAUUGAUACUACUCUUAUUAAAAAUCUCACGAAUGACGACGAAGCUGACUCAGUCAAGGGAAAAGCUGUCUAUAAGAGUGUUUUGAACGUCUUUCAAAUCCCAAAAUCUGGGCAGUCCGUCAAAGAAGUGUCUGCCAAAGGCAACGAAGCCGCAGGCUACCUAGUGUCUUCAUUCAAUAACAAGUAUGAGGCCAUUGAGCAUUUCAUCCAAGUUCCUCUGCUCUGCUUGAACGGCUUGCAAGACAUCCAGGAGAAUGAGGUUUUCGUCAAUAUGGCAAUGGGACAAGUCAUAUUUGAAGACUCUCUUGACUUGUUGUCUGGUAAAAACGCUUCUUGGGCGGUAUAUCUCAAAUUCUUCGGGCUUGACGGCCCAGAGACGACUUGCGACAUUUUUGUAUGCGAUACACAAAGUGGUCAACUAUCCGCAGUCAUUCUGGACGUCACGUUCUCCAAAUUACAGGUUGAAUCUCUACGACAAGCUCUCGGCGGCUCUCUCACGGUUGCAGCCCCUCAGUCUAACAAGCGGGCUACUCUUAUACCUCCUCAACCCAGCAGACCUGUUGCAAUCGCAACCCCACAGCCAACCAGGCAUAUUACUAUUACUGCUCCUGCUUCAAACGCUUCUUCUACUAUUCCAUCCCCUCAGUUCACCCCGAGACGUCACUCAAUUUCAUCAGAGGAGGUCAUUGAAGAUAUUGAACCCGUCACGACACGACCUCAAACUCCAGAUUCGUCCGUCGACAACGAGUCAAUCCUGUCACCAGACUUGCCGGAUGUUUCUAAAUUGCUGUUCGAGUUACUUGGCCGCAUUGCCGACGUCGAUGUUGGCUCCCUUCGCAGCGACAUGUCCAUUUUUGACCUCGGCAUCGAUUCAUUGAUGGGAAUGGAGGUUGCGGACGAGAUCAGCAAAGUCUUCUCUAUCAAAAUCGGCGUGCGGGAAUUUGAGAGUGCCCACAAUGUCGGCGCUUUAUGCAAACUCAUUGCGGACCGAACAAGCGGCUUCUCUUACAAUUCGGAUGUUAGUUCAAGAUCUCCAUCUGAUGUUCCAGAUACGACUGGAUCCAAGAACACAACACUAACUUCCGCGACGUCUAGCAUGAAGCUUUCAGGGCAUGAGGAUCCACGGCCAACCAAGGAACUAUCCACUGCAGCUCACAAAGCUUUCGACCUAAUACGUGAAGAAUUCGAUGUCAUUGCCCAAGAAACAGGAUGUGACAAGUUCUGCUCAGAAAUCCACCCUUCUCAAGCGAGCCUGAUUGUUGCCUACAUCACUGAGGCAUUUGCCAAGCUUGGGUGCGACCUCUCCGCCAUCAACGCCGGCCAGAAGAUUCCGGAUAUACCCCACUUACCAAGAAACGAGAAGCUCAUGGCUCAGUUAAUGCGCGCUCUUCGGGAUGAUGGUCUCCUCACUCAAGUUCAUAACGACUGGGUUCGUACGUCCAAAGCUGUGGCUCUUCAACCAACAUCAUCCGAGAGAUAUGACCGGAUAAUUGCUGAGUUUCCGCAAUUUGCACCUGAACACAAGCUUCUCCACGUUGUUGGCUCCAAGUUGGAUGAGUGUCUCUCUGGCGAGUUGGAUCCACUUGUAUUGCUUUUUGGUAGCCCGGAAAAGCGCAAGUUGAUGGCAGACCAGUACCUCAUCGCCCCCAUACAGGCUUCUGUAUCUCAGCAGCUUGUGAGCUUUAUCAAGACAUGUUUCGGCUCACAGACACUACGCCAGACUGUCCGGGUGCUGGAAAUCGGAGGGGGCACCUGUGGGACUACUCUUCCCGCAGUCAACGCGUUUGCUCAGCUUGGCAUCUCUGUCGAGUAUACUUUUACGGAUAUUUCGUCUUCUUUUAUUACAGCAGCUAAAUCCAAACUACGAGAGCACACGUUUGUUAAAUUCAGAACCCUUGACAUAACGCAAGACCCUUCUGCGGAUAUAAAGGGCUAUUUUGACAUGAUCAUUGCGACAAACGUCAUGCAUGCAACUCCUGAUGUUUGCAAGAGUUCAUCGAAUGCUCGCCAACUGCUACGCCCAGGUGGAUUCCUCACUCUUGUGGAAUACACUUGGAGGAAUUACUAUCUCCUUGAUGUCAUUUUUGGACAGUUAGAUGGAUGGUGGCUCUUCAAUGAUGGCAGAGACCAUGCUACUAUGGAUGUGAGUGAUUGGAAGAAAACCCUUCUUCGUGCCGGCUUCGGGGAAGUAGAUUGGACAGAAGGACAGACUGAGGAGUCAAAGAUCUGCAGGAUCAUAUUAGCUUAUUGA